AUGGUAAGCAUCUUGAAGUUGCACCUGACAGCUGAAAGUUCGACUACUGAAUAUGCUGGAGCCAAAAAUUCAAGCGUUCUUGCAGCUUCCGUGAAUUUUAUUGAUUUAGCUGGAAGCGAGCGUGACUCUCAGACCUUAUCUUCUGGUGCAAGAUUGAAAGAAGGCUGCCACAUAAAUCGAAGUUUAUUAACUCUUGGAACUGUGAUUCGCAAGCUAAGCAAAGGAAGAAAUAGUCAUGUACCUUACAGAGACUCUAAGCUAACACGCAUACUCCAGAAUGCUUUAGGAGGCAAUGCCAGAACAGCUAUCAUUUGCACUAUGAAUCCUGACCGUAGUCAUGUUGAACAAUCGAGAAACACUCUCUCAUUUGCAAGCUGUGCUAAAAAGGUAGCAACCAAUGCACAAGUCAAUUUAGUUAUGUCAGAUAAGGCAUUGGUAAAGCAAUUGCAAAGAGAAUUGGCUAAACUGGAGAACGAAAUGAGGUGCUUGGGCGCAUCACCCCUCAAACUUGAUAUGGCUAGUUUGUUGAGAGAGAAAGAGCAACUCAUUGAGCAGGUGAUUAUACGACAUCAGAAAGCCAUUUUCCAUUCAUUUACGCAUGAUAUCUUGCAUCUUAGGAAAAAUAGAAGUAAAUACCAGUAUAAACCCUGGCUUUUUAUGACCAGAGAGAUAGAAGAGUUGACUCGACAACGUGACCUUGCUCAAUCUCGAGUUGAGAAUUUGCUACUAUCAGUUAGAGAAGUUCAAAUGUUAAAGAGUGCAGAAUAUCCAUCAUCAAAUUCAUUUAAAGUGGUCAAUGCUCCCUGUAGUACUAUUGAUCACAGCAAGCAUAGGUAUACUGUUGCACCAAGUGUGCCUAUGACCAACAACCAAUAUCUGAUUCCUCUAGAGAGCUAUGAAGAGGAAUGUCAUCCCGAUGGCAUCAGUCCAUUGUUGGUUGGACCUGAUACAAGCAACGGCUUCAAUGAGGCUGUAAAUAUGGGUGAAGAGUUCGAAGAUAACUGCAAGGAAGAAGGGAAACCAGCCAUGAGGGGGUCCAUGGUCAAGGAAAUAGAAGCAAAUCAAUUAUCAGCUAUUCCCGAGGAAGAGGAAGAAAAGGUAUCCCUCAGUGCUCCUGAGGGUAUUGAAGGAAAAUUAGACAUGACUGAAACCAUGAAAGAAUAUGUAGUAUCAUCCCCCCAAAAGGAGGAUUUGAAAUCAAGUCAUAAGCAGAAGCAGAAGCUGCAGGGAAAUGUACCAUCUUCACCUAACUUUGAGAACCCGCAACACAAUGAAAGCAUACCCCCUUCCACAACAGUUGAAAAGGACUUCCUUCAAAACGCAAAAGCCCUUUCCCGUAAGCUUUCUGAACUGAAAGGUGACAACAGAAAUGGAAAGAUGUCCAGAAGUCGAUCUCAAAAUUCAUUUACCGGUGCCACUGAUCUUCCUGAAGGUGGCAGUGAGAUAAAACCGCAACCAGAAACAGAAAAUGAUAAGAAAUUGGCACCUGAAACCAAGGAUAAGACCGAGAAUUCCACAGAAAGUAACGAUUCCGUGAAACUGCAUUCUAGUUGGCCCGUUGAAUUCGAGAAUUUACAGAGAAAGAUAAUCGAACUUUGGGAUGCAUGCAAUGUACCUUUAAUCCAUAGAACCUAUUUCAUCAUGCUUUUCAAAGGCGACCCUUCUGAUUCCAUUUAUAUGGAGGUAGAGUUCAGAAGAUUGUCUUUUCUAAAGAACUCAAUGCCAUUGGGAAGCAAUGGUUUCAAAGAUACUCCAAUUGACACUGCAGCUUCAAGUGCGAAGGAUUUGGUUCGUGAGAGGAAAAUGUUGUGCAAGCAAAUACAAAAGUUGUUAUCGAAAAAACAGAAAGAGGAACUGUACAAGAAGUGGGGAAUUGGGUUGAACACUAAGCAGAGAAGCUUACAACUUUCGCAACGUAUAUGGACAAAGACGCAGGACAUGGGGCAUGUGAAAGAGAGUGCAGCUCUAGUGUCGAAGUUGGUAGGGUUUGCAGAACCGGGUCAAGAACCCAAGGAAGUAGUCGGAUUCAGCAUCUUGCCCAGAUCCGUAGCCCGAAAAUCCACCAGUUGGAAGAACGUACUUCCUCCUUUGUUAUAG